AUGAAUUUGGAUAGGUUGUAUGUUACUGAUCCCAUGCUGUCUAUUAUGGGCCUCAGUGGUGCUCCAGUUGACCCCAUUACAGGUUUUAAAAGCUCUUGUCAGUGCGGCAGAGUUUCCGUGUCUAGUAAGAAGAGUGCAGAGAAGAUCUCAGUGCUGCUGCUGCUGGCAGUGAUCGGCUCACAUGCAGCUCCAAACGCCUCCGAGUGUGACGGUUUGACCAAAAGGCUGCCGACAAAAGACCUGAACAAGAUUUUCAGGAACUGGGUUCUGGUCUGGUCCGUGUCCGACCAUGAAGCAGCUGAAGGUUUGCUGGCAAAAGCCUCCAGCUCCCACGUGGAGUUUAAACUCCUUCCAGACAACAAAACUUUCACAUACAUCGACAGGAGCAUAUUCCAUCACAACCUUUCUUCCUGCACUACGAGCUUCAUCCAUAUGACCGUACCAUCUAAUAAUGAGGCCGAGCUCCAAACCCUGCAUGCUGACAACAUCCGAUUGGAGGAGGACGGACAGCCUGUGGAGUACAAUGACACCGGAGCUGUGGACUUCUAUGAGAGCUGCUCUGAUUGUUUGCUGCUGGUCUACAAGUCCUCAAGAUUUCGAUUCGUGCUCAGCUACAAGGAAGAAGGGUCACAUCGGGACGUGGAGCAGCACAAAGCCGCCCAUGACGACCACAGGAAAUUCGCCGAAUGUCUGGGGUUCCCUAAAAAGAAGCCGUACGUCUAUGAUGGAGUGGCUGACUUCUGUCACAAGAAAUCUGCUCCAGAAGCAAACCCUGAUAACCAGUCUUAGGAGGAACGUUUCAACUUUUAUCAGCAAGAAGCAUUUGUAAUGAAAUUUAAAAAAAGCACAAACGUGUAAUGAGUGUUUUGGAUUCUCAAUAUAAAAAGAGCUGCUUCUUUUAAAA